GGUCCAUAUGGAUACUGGUGGGAUUACACUUGCACACUCCUUUUUCCCUUUAUAUGCUUCAAUGCUAAUAAUAGUGCUGCUGGCAGAUAUGUUGCUGUCACUUCUGCAAUGAACUGGAGUGACGCUCACGCUUACUGCCAAGAAUUUCAUACAGAUUUGGCAUUAGCCAACAGCACAGCGGAAAAUGACAGGAUGCAGAGCAUUGCAUAUGUGCAGGGACGAUCUUGGAUUGGCCUAUACAGGGACAGCUGGAAGUGGUCAGAUGGGACAAACACAUCGAACUUCAUGUGGCUUGCUGGACAACCUGAUAAUUAUUAUCAAAAUGAAAACUGUGCUGUGCUUAAUAAUGGAUGGUUCAAUGACGUAAAAUGCAACCAGCUCCACUAUUUCAUCUGCCACACCACUCAUCUACUGAGGAGACAGCAAACAGUGAAACUGAAAGUAAAGUCUUCUGAUGAGAGUGUGACUGAUUCUGACAUGCAGUCGGCCAUUUCAGAGCUGAUCAAGAAGAAGUUGGAGGAAAAUGGCAUGCUGGGGAACACCACAGUGACCUGGAGAGUGCAGACAGAUGGACAAGUCUUUCACAAAAAAAAGGAAAAAUGAACUGUAAAUGCUUGGUCCCUUUGUUCAUGUUUAAUUUCAAUAACAUGCCUUAAUUGUGUAUAUAGUAUAGUUGUAGAGAUAGUGAUUUAGUAGAGAUGCUUGUUGUUUGUUAAGAAAAUCAAUUCAAAUACUUUGUGUAAGAAAGUAAAGUAGAGUUUUAUACAGAGGUGGCAGUGUGGCA